AUGUCUCCUGAUUCAGAUCACAACGAUCUACUUCUCCAGAUAUCCACCAAUCUUAAAAACACAUUGAUUACAUUCGGAGCAUCAUCGCAUCAAUAUCAGGCUGUUUUGCAGACCCUCAAGGAUCUUCUUCAAUGCAUAGAGCAGCAUGAUAAGCAACAUGACAAGCAUGCGCAAAUCGAUCCGGAUAUGUUGAGCCAGGCGAUGGAGUUUUUGAAAUUGGGAUAA